CGCUGUCUGGGAGGGAGGCAGCAGACUCAGACCUCCAAGCAAGCUCGGCUCAGCUCAGCUCCCGGGGCUCCCUGUGGUUGGGCCAGGACCAGAGGCAGGGAGCCCAGCAGCAUCAGGACAGACCGCUCCUCAGGGCAGGAUGGUCCACCUACUGCUGGCUGCCCAGUGGCUGCUGGGGAGUCUGCUGGUCACCCUGGGAGCUGGCAAGAGCAGCGUGCCCCGGUUACAACUUUCCUACCGAGACCUCCUGGCUACUAACCGCUCUACCCUCUUCCUGGGCCCUCGGGGUAAAUUGGAUCUAAGGGCUCUGUACCUGGAUGAGUAUCGGGACCGGCUCUUUCUGGGUGGACGGGACACCCUCUACUCCCUGCGAUUGGACCAGGCAGGGCCUAACCCCAAGGAGAUCUUAUGGCCUCCUCCACCUGGCCAGAAAGAGGACUGUAUCCUGAAAGGCAGGGAUCCCUCGACUGAAUGUGCCAACUAUGUUCGAGUGCUGCACCCUUACAACAGAACCCAUCUGCUGGCCUGCGGCACCGGAGCCUUCCAGCCUAUGUGUGCUCUCAUCACUGUAGGCCAUCGAGGGGAGCACGUGUUCAACCUGGACCGGGCCAGUGUGGAGGGUGGGAGGGGACGCUGCCCACAUGAGCCUGACCGACCCUUUUCCAGCACCUUUGUUGGUGGAGAGCUGUACACAGGCCUCACUGCUGACUUCCUGGGCCGAGAAGCUGUAAUCUUCCGCAGUGGUGGUGCCCGACCUGCCCUUCGCUCUGACACUGACCAGAGCCUCCUGCAUGACCCCAAGUUUGUGGCUGCUGCCCUUAUCCCCGACAAUGCUGACCGGGACAAUGAUAAGGUCUACUUUUUCUUCUCGGAGGCAGUUGCUCUUCCCGAUGGGGGCUCUGGCCAAGCUAUCAUCAGCCGUGUGGGCCGCAUCUGUGUGAAUGAUGCUGGGGGCCAGAGGGUGCUGGUUAACAAAUGGAGCACAUUUCUGAAGGCCAGGCUCAUCUGUUCCGUGCCUACCCCUGGGGGUGCUGACACCUACUUUGACCAACUGGAGGAUGUGUUCCUGCUGUGGCCCAAGGAUGGAAAGAGUCCAGAGAUCUAUGCGCUGUUCAGCACACUCAGUGCUGUAUUCCAGGGCUUUGCUGUCUGUGUGUACCACAUGGCUGACAUCUGGGAGGUUUUCAAUGGACCCUUUGCCCACAGGGAUGGUCCUCAGCACCAAUGGGGACCCUAUGGGGGCAAGGUGCCCUUCCCUCGGCCAGGGGUGUGCCCCAGUAAGACCACAACCCAGCCUGGCCGGCCCUUUGGCAGCACCAAGGACUACCCAGAUGAUGUGCUGCAGUUCACCCGGGCCCACCCACUCAUGUUCCAACCUGUGCUGCCCCGGCAUGGUCGUCCCAUCCUUGUCAAGACUCACCUGCCCUAUCGACUUCUCCAGAUUGUGGUAGACCGAGUAGAGGCUGAGGAUGGGGCCUACGAUGUCAUCUUCCUGGGCACAGAUGUGGGUUCUGUACUCAAGGUCAUAGCUUUCCAGACUGGAAAAUCUGUGGAGCCUGAGGAGGCAAUCCUGGAAGAGCUGCAGGUGUUUAAGGUACCCACACCCAUCAUCGAGAUGGAGAUCUCUGUCAAACGGCAAAUGCUGUAUGUGGGUUCCCCGCUGGGUGUGGCCCAGCUUCGGCUGCAUCAGUGUGAGACGUACGGCAAUGCCUGUGCAGAGUGCUGCCUGGCCCGAGAUCCAUACUGUGCUUGGGAUGGCAAUACCUGCACUCGAUAUCAGCCCAGUUCUAAUAAACGGCGAUUCCGACGGCAAGAUAUCCGGCAUGGCAACCCAGCAUUGCAGUGCCUGGGCCAGAGCCCCAGUGGGGAUGUCAUGGGGAGCAUGGAGGCCACUGUGGUGUAUGGCACAGAACACAACAGCACCUUCUUGGAAUGCCGGCCCAAGUCACCCCAGGCCACUGUGCACUGGUUCGUGCAGAGACCCAAGGAUGAACAGCCAGACCAGGUGAAGACAGAUGAACGCAUCCUACAAACAGAGCAUGGGCUGAUAUUCCGGAGGCUUAAUCGCCUUGAUGCGGGCACUUACUCAUGUAAGACCCUGGAGCAUGGGUUUGCCCAGACUGUGGCCAGGCUGGCACUGGAGGUGAUAGGAGUGGAACAGCUGGAGGGCCUAUUCCCCCGGGAGCAUGGGGAAGAGGAGUCUAUCCCCAGGAAUUCUGCCUCAGUCCCAUCCCGCACAUGGUACAAAGACAUCCUCCAGCUCAUCGGCUAUGCCAAUCUGCCCCGGGUAGAGGAGUACUGUGAGCGUGUGUGGUGCAGUGACCGUUACCGACACAAGGGGAAGCACAGCAAGGGCAAGAGCUGGUUGGGAACCGAGCUGGGAAAGAAGGCAAAGAACCGAGCACAGGGGGAACGCAAUCGGACCCCCCGAGAGGUGGAGGCUACAUAGAAGAGGAGGAGAUAGCUGGGAUGGGGAGCAGCACUGCCCGGCUCCCCCACAGGGAAACUUCACGGCUGCCCUGCUUUCUGCCUCCCCUACGCGUAUAGCUGGGGCAGAGGUGGCCGGAGCACAGACUGACCAUCUUGUCUAGCACCCUAUCUUUAGCAGGGAAUUAAAUCUCUGGCCUCCCAGGGCCUAACAGGCAGGAAUCCAGGUCCUGGGUUCCGGCCUGCAGAUCCCCAGGCUUCUGAUGAGGACUGGGAGGCCCCUUUCCUUAAACCUCUGUGCCAUAGCCCGCACCCCUUCCUGCCAGUGUCGCCAGGGACCGCCAAGUCCCAAGAGGCCUGUUCAUAUUCCACUGCCCUUUGUUCUCCUUGGGAGGUGGGGUCUGGUUUCCCAAACACAUUUCCAGCUGUGCCCAAAGAAGAGGGCGGUUCUGUUUUUCUUUCUCAGCCUGUAAAACAAUAGCCAUUCUGAACAACUGUUAGGGUACCUGGGCCAGAGGCACCAGUCUCAUGUCAAGGUGGUGGCAGGUGGGAUAAGAGACACUGAGAUUCUCCUAGGGCUCAAUGUCUGGGGAAAGAGGCCAAGAUCAAAAAGAGUGAUCUGGCCCAAGACCAAACGUUUCCAUUCCUGUUUAACAUAGGAAAACUCAUGGCGGAAUUUCUACUAACAGAAUCAAAUCUUCCUCAAGGUGGGUGGUGGGGCAGCAGAGACCAGCCUGGAAGAUAGGGGAGGGGGAGGGGGAGUAGAGAAAUUUGUUUUGAUUCAGUAUCAGACAUAUCAUAGAUUUAGAGCUGAAAGGGCCCUUAAAGACCAUCUAAUCCAAUCCCUCAUUUUAUAUGUGAGGAAACUGAGGCCCAGAGAUUAAGUGAAUUGCUCAAAAUUAUAAAAGCAAGUGACAAAGUCAGGGUCUGAACCAAGAUCCUUUGAAUCCGAAGCCCGCAGCCUUUUCUACUGUACCACACUAUUACAUCCCUUUGCUUCUACUACCACUGGCCUUUUUAUCCAUCUUCUCUCAUAGCUGAGGCUCGUGGAAGAGAUGAGACAACACCCUAGCAAUCUAGGCUUCAAAGCUAGAGACUGGGGACCCCACACUGCUCUCCAGACCCCCCCUUCUUUGCCCCUUGGGGAAUCCCAUUAGAACGAAGCAACUGGUUGAUCUGAGGCACUUAGUCCUAUUUUCCCUCUGAUCAUUGGGACACCAUUUGGAUGCCAACAAGAGACAAGUUUUAGGCGGCAGAAGAAAGACCCAGUCAGUCCUGUUCUCACUGAGUCAUCAGUAUUACCAAAAAAAAAAAAAAAAAAGCUAACACAAUAUGGGGUUACAUUAAUAGAAUUCAAGUGCCCAGAAAAAAGGAGAUCAAGGAAUGUAAUAACACUUUGCCCUGGUUAGUCGGCAUCUGGAAUACUGUUUUCAGCUCUGGCUGUUAUACUUUAGAGAGGGCAUGAACAAAGUGGAGCAUGUGCCAAGGAAGAAUCUUGUUGUAGGAAGAAUAGCCGAAGGAAAUGGAGAUUUUUAACCUGGAGACUUGGGGGCAGGGACUGGGGGGGGGGGCAAGGGAGAGAAGCAGCAUGGACAUUGUUUUUAAAUAUCUCAAGAACUGUCAUAUGGAAAAAGGAUUACACUUAUUCUAUGCAGCUCCAGAGGGUGGAAUUAGGAUCAAUAGGUGGAAGCGCCAGGGAGAUGGAUGUCAGAUUUUGAAUUCGAUAAGAGACUGACCCAACUGGAGAGUGGGCUGCCUUGGGAAGUAGCUUUCUUGGGGAUGUGCAAACAGAUGAUUAUGGCAAAACUGUUGUCUGUAGGGUAGGCACGAUGGAUUGAAAAAUCUCCAAGCUGCCCAGGGGUGCUCCCCUCCUACUCCUGGGAUUUCCUGGUUUCCUGGUGGCAAAUUCCUGCUCCCUCCUUCAGCGCUCCCUGCUGCCUGGCACUAGGACUCCUCUAGGCUCUAGCUUUGCUCUCUAUGGCAAUGGCUAGUAUAAACUCAGAAUAUUCAGGUUCUCCAUUCUCCACUCCACAUGGAGAGGGUCAGGAAUUCUUGGCAGAAAGAUCCAGAGGUGUCAGGGUAGGGAUAGAGUAGAGGGAAGGGAGAUUUUGGUUUUCCAUCCUUUUUUCUGGGAAAAUGAGAAAAACAUCAUUGGGUGUAACAGAGGAAGGGGUAGCUGAGAACAAGUGGGAGCCAAUCCUUGACCUGGCAUCUGAGCAUGUAACCUGGGGCUCAAGUCUAGGCAUAUGCAUGGAACUAGGGUGGACUAGAGAAAGGAUCAAUCUCUGACUUGCAUAUGACCUCUCUCCUAGAGCCUGGGGCCUGGUCCCUCAUACUGGGUUUCCAUCUGUCAAGGCAAAAGUUCAAAUUCAGUGUCACAGAUUACACAGUCUGAACUGGCAGGCAGAGAGCCAGAGGAAUAUAGAGGGCCCAGAAUCUCAGAGGAAAAGAGUGUGAGACCCAUAGUGGGGUAAUGAUAGAAAAAGAAGCCCUCUCCAAGAACGAGAGUCCAAAGAGUCUUCUCAGGAGCUUUGGGAGAAGGCUGUUAUCCUGGGUCUCUCAUUUUCUGCUGGACGGGGUUCUGAAGAUGACUUUGGGUGUGAGAGCCAGCUUAAAUAGGGUUUUUUUCUAAAAGAUGCAAAUUUAGAGGGAAAAGUUAGGAAGUCUAAAUCCUGGAAUAAGAUGUCUGUGUCCGGGACAAAUGCUACAAAGAGCCAUCCAAGGAGUAAUUCAGCCCUACGGUUGGGGAGUGGGGGAGGAUUAAAUUGAAAAGUCUGUUCUUAUUCUGAGGAUGAACAAAUUAGUCAGUGAUGUAGAAAAGGGAAAAAGAAGAGCCAUGAGUCCCACAUUUCCUCCUAUUUGGAAAAAAAAAGGUAGUGGGGUGGGGGGAGGUUUGCUCCUUUCUCUGAAACCCAUAUGCAGAUUGCAUCUGCACCUUCUGUCUCCCCUUGGAUUUCAGAGUGAAGCAACCUGAAAGGGAGGAGACCAGAGCAGAGUCAAUUAGAUUACUUUCCCCUUCCUGCUGUGAAUGUAGGAGACAGAGAAGGCAUGAAAAGGGGAAAAGAGAAAGUAUAAGGUAGAAGAUGCUAUUACCCCAAAGAGAGGCAAGGAUGAGAGAGUGGAGCUAUAGCUAAGGCUAUUUCAACCACCAAUGAAUAACCACAGGAUGAGUAGGACCUCAGCCUUCAACAAAUUCCAUAUUCAUCUCAUCCUUUAGAGAGGUGAGUCAAGGCCAGAAGCAUUUAUUAAGCACCUACAAUAGUCAGGCCAGAGGACAGCAUAUAUAGCAGAGGGGAGGUAGACUGAAAAUUUAACACUUAAAAAGUGGUAAAAUACCAGUCUUUUUUACCAAAUCUUGGUUUGGAAGCCUGUUUCUUUAAAUAUACCGUAUUGUUUCACUUGUGAAUAAGUUCGGUAAAUAUGCCACAUAUUUGAAUUUUAUUUUUCUAUGUUGGGAUGGACCAUAUAUAUAGAAUAUGCUCUUUGCCAUUGGA